AUGACCAUCGCCAGCUCCAGAUGUGUCGAGCGAUCCCAGAGACGGCUUCGUGCAGCAAGCAGCAGAGCUCUUGCCUCUUUGUCAGAGCAGCUGGUGCAGCUUGUACAGCAACUCGCUGCAACGGCCGCUGCACCCUUUUCCGCAGAAGUCGCUCAUACCAACGUCAAACCAGUCUUAGGAUCCGAAGUGCGCCUCUUGUGUAGUGCUCUGAAGCAACGCUGGCUGCAUGCCUCCGGAUUUGGAGAAAGUGGGGGAACGCGAAGAGCUAGGCGUCCAGCCGGCAGCUGCUCUGCUUCGGAGGCAGAAAAUUCAGCGCAGUUUGCGUGUCUCUCUCUGUAUGUUUUCGAGCAGCUAAAACGCCGCCUGCGUGCCGUCGCUGCUUCGCUCUCCUGGGCUAUGACAGCGCCCUCCUCAGGUGUACGUACACCUGGGGACGGCAGCCCUCCGGAGACGCCAAGUAGCGCCCUGCUGACGCUGGCCAAGAUGGAGUGCCCCAUUAUAAUUCUUUCUAAGCAAAUGUCAGCUUUAGGGUCUUCGCUUAAAGCCUUAAAAGCGGCAGAAAGUUUCGAAUGUGCGCAGAGCCAAGGAGACCCCUCGUCUGCCGCAGCUGUCUCCCACAAAAGUGCGCGAGGCGUCGAAGCGACUGCGCGAGGCUUUGAGCGUUCCGGAGGCGCUUGUAAGCUGGGAGGUGUCCAGACAGGAGAGCACACGUCGCUGCCCUUUUGGAGCUCUUCGCUUCUCCCCGCUGUGGCUCGAGAAAGGGAACUGGAGGCUGCUCUUACGUUACUGCGCUAUUUCAUUCGCCUUCGCCAACAACAGGAGCAGCUGCUGCUGGCUGCCCAUGGAGGGGGGCAGCUGCAGCAGCAAAACCAACGGACGGAAGCGCCCUGCCUUCAUCUUCCUGCGCCAUCGGCUGCUGCUGCAGCGGAGGAACUCGCUUCUUCGGUCCUCACAGGCCAGCGCCUGCUGGCAGCUCAGCGGAAAAAGAAGCUGGAGAUGCAACGGGAGAUUCGCCUGGCACGGGCCCUGCAUAUGCCCCUCUGGAUACGGAAAAGUGUGAAACUUGUGAAGGAAGGCGCUCUCUCUAGAAAGCAGCGGCUGCAGCAAAAGCAGGAAAGGCUCUCUCUGGAAGACACGCCUCCGGAGCUUGCUGGACAGUUCAAAUGGAUGGCAGAGGAAGACGAAGGGUCUGAGCCUUCACCACAAGCAACGGAAAAUGCGCAGGAGCAGCAGAAGGAGGGCCGUCGCAUGCUGCAUCGUCCAGCUGCCCACGCUCCGCAACCGGCUCUUGACUCCUGUGUAAGGCUCGCUUUCUCUAGGCUUUCCACCAGUGACAUCAACAAGCUCCUUAAUAUAGUCGAUCCCGAGAUAGAGCUGGAUGAAGCUAUCCCCUUGGAGAGCCCUACUGCUCAGCGGCGCUUUGAGUGGCUGCCACUUGACCCCCAAGAGUGCGCUCUUGGGGGUAUGGCUCUUGGAAGCCGGGUGCAUCCCGCGUCUCUGCAGCUGCAAAGACAGCGGGUGGAGGAGCUCUUGCAGCGAGAGAAUCUGCUGCAAGCGGUGAAGGCUGUGCGGCGAUUGCGACCUGAAGAGGAGACUGCUGACCAGUCCUCUGCUGCCAUACACAGCAGACUUAAGCGGUACGACAAGGUCAAGCGCAUCUUUGGCGCGAAGCGCGCAGACAGCGCGGCUUCAAGCUCCAGGAGUCGAGGGGACGGUGGGUGCUCUGGCAACGAAGAGGCCGAAAGGGAGACAGCAGAGCCAGAGGAGUCGGGAGAGGAUCUGGCCUUCAUCGAAGCUCUUGAGCUACAGGAUCGGCAGCGAGAGGCGCUCUUGCCUACCGGUCUGAAGGCGUUGCAAACGUCAAGCGUCGGAACGACUCGCAGGGAAGUCGCGCAGGCGGGUGCUGCCCCUCCUGCGUUGGAAGCCAUUCAGCGACAAGUAGGCCUCCUCCCCACUCUAUGCGCAUUCUCUCUGCGUACGUGCCCGUUUGCUCCUUCGCGUUCAGCAGUGGCGAGCCGCUGCACUGGGGAGUCUGAGCCUGUGCCUGACCUUGUUGCGCCGCAGCUCGAGGCGUCGGAUCGCGUCGCUAAAGCUCGUUGGCAGCAGCAGCAGCGCGCGCGAGAAGAGGAGGACGCGUGGGAAGUGGACCUUGAAUCAGAGGGGCCUCGUCCCCCUUCAUUGAAGCCGCUCCUCUGCCCCGAAGGAAGCCCGAGGGGCCUUAACAGGCGCGCGCGGAGCUCAAUGGGAGCAGACAGCUCAAAGCUAAGCAGGUCAGAAGCGGGAAGCACUGCUUUCUGUUCUUCUGGGGAAAGGCCCUCCAGCACGCGCAUCCUCUACCCAGAUCUGACGCCUCUACUCCAGAGACAAGAGCAGCAAGAGGCAGAGUGGCGCGAGUAUCUCCCUCCGCAGGAGCCGCAGGAUCAGCAGCAGUGUCUCCUAAGCGCUGAGGCUCUGAGGGCUAUUGCGAAACCCGAAUACCCCGUGGAGGCGAAGAAGAAGUAA